AGCAAAUAUAAGUAAAGGAAAUAUGCGCUUUGGUAUGUGGUUGAAGGUCAAGAGUGCAUACCUACAUUUUUGAAUUUACCCUUUCCGAUUAUUAAGUCGACUAAAAUAUACAAAAGGUUGACUUGAAAUCUCUGAUAAUUUGCAAAAUAUCAAUAUUGAAAUGAAAUGUGAAAAAACAACGCAAUAAUUAAAACGUUCUAACCAUGUCCAAACAUGUUUGAUGAUUUGUAAGUGUCUUUCUGACCACUGAACAGGGUGUUUUCAAUAUUCUAUUUGAUAAUUUGGAAUCAAGUACCUCGAUGAUCUAAUAAAUCUGUUCGUUAUAUUCACCUUUCGAAAUGCAAAACUCCUCUGACACUAUACAUAUACCUUGCUUUGGAAGCUUAAAAAACUAACGAGGAAGUCCACCAUUAUUUUUCUGUAUACUCUACCUUACUAAACGUUUAUCACACCUGACCAACUUCCAAAGCAAUACCGAUCAAAUCCUAUCAUAGUGAUAUUCUAGAUUUCUAAAGGGAAUCUAUAUCUAAAGUCUGAAUUCGGGUUUGAUUGACUUAAUCAUAAUGAACUAUUCAUUUCGAAAUUCUUUUUAAACGCUCGGAAAACAAGAGAUCCAUUAUCACGUCUCCCAGCUGACCCUCUGUAUUUGUUCAGGUAAAAUAAAACCAAAUCCUUCUUAAAAUCAGGUUCCAUGAUGUGCAGAUGAUAAAUAUAAUUGUAUUAGGCAUGCUUAUAUCAAAUUGAAGUCAAAUUGAUGUCAUUUAAUUCAUAUUUUGAAAUUCAAACAUCUUCUGAUAUAACGAGUGGACAUCGAUACGACCCUGAAGAAAAUCGACAGGAAACCCAGUUUCUAUUUUUAAAAGCACUUUGAAUAUAUGAGCAAAGAUUAUCGAUUGUUCUAGAAUUUACUUAAAAUAGAUGGGUAUUACACCACAUUUCGAAAACACAUACAAUGUAGGGUUGUUAAAUGAUCUUGGAUCUAAAAAUAAAUGCACUAUAUAAUACAUGGUGUGGGGUGGAUUGAGGGAUUGAGGUAUGAGCAAUAAAUUCUUACGUGGGAGAAGAGUUGGCGCAAUGUUCUACUUCCCUUUUCAAUAAGCAGCGGGUGAUGCUUAGUUCUAAGCAUCUGAUCUCACCUUCAAGGGUCCUUGUUUGUCAUAUUCUUAAUGUUGUAUUCUUUAUAGGAUUUGGGAGAUGGAUCACUUUUGUUCACAUUUAGCCAGUAGAACCCUUGUGCUUGAAAAGAAUGUUUUGAAAUAAUCAAAAGUAAAACGAGAAGUGAUCAGGUGCCUGGCACGGAUAGGUAUACCGUGUUGAUUGGUCACCCCAGCUUUGAGUCCUAAAUACGUGCUGUCUGACGUGGUUAGACCGUUGAUGUCAUACUGAUUUUGACUACGGAUUAUUCCGUUUACCUUGUCGAGAUAUAGGGCUCACGAUGUAUGUGACCGGUCAACAGGGGAUGCUUACUUGUACUAGGCACCUGAUCCCACUUCUGUUAUAUCCAGGGGCGUCCAUGUUUGCUCUACUAGUAGUUUUGUAUUCCUUAUAGGAAAAUUUAUAUGUUAUCUUUCGAUAAGUUUGCAUUCUCUAUACCUUUUUUAAAAAUCCAUUCAGCUGGAACCAAUUUUUAACAUUUUAUGCAAAGGGUGUCUUGUGAAUUUUGUAUUCAAUAUGGAUUGUACCUGUAACUCUGCUAAAUUUAUCAUACCUUUAUAUAAACUUUUAGCAUGUCAGAGGCCAUCAAGGACUCGGAUCAUGAGCCGAUAUUGGAUGCAAAGAAUGUGCAAAGUCAAGAUGUAAAAGAGGAAUUCGACGAUAAUAUGGAAAAUACCAAAAAUCCAAUAGUCCUCUGUGAGCUUUGCAAGGAUGACAAAGUAGCAGGCUAUGGAUACUGCCAAGACUGUGAUGAUCCAGAGAUAUUGUGUCUGCCUUGCACUCGUCGCCACAUGUCGUCCAGGAAAUUCAAACAUCAUAAGAUAUCAACCCAUCUCGCAAAUCUACAAUCAAUGACAAAAGGUGAAGAAAAAGAAACAGCUAAUGAUUCUCGGCAUGACUCGGACGAGUUGAUGGGAGGACGAAUGGUUGUUAGUGCACUUAAUUUUGCAGAACAUGAGGCAUCUGAUAGCAAAGCAAGUUUGGAUGACAUUGAAACUUCUUUAUUCAAUGAACAUAAUCUGGAAGGAACGAGUUACAGUAGAUUGUAUACCAUUUCUGAACAAGGUGGCGAAAACAAAAAGUGUGGAGAAAUUAAUCACGAGAUAUUGGAUAUGAUUAAAAGUACAAAUGAGCCCACAGAUUUUACGUCAUUGUUGAGAAAUGGUAAAACUCCGAAGGCUAUAUAUGAUGUCGCAAACUGCAACCAAGCAUGUCAGAAGGACACUGUUUUAAAAGAGCAUGCAAAUAUUGUGUCUGAAACUUACAGUAUGUACAAAUGUGGGUCUUGUGAAUACGAAAAUAAAGACAAAAAUGCAACAGGGUUUUGCUUAACUUGUGAGGAACCAGAACCACUUUGUGACGAAUGCUCAUUACAACAUUUGAAACAGAAACUCACCAGAAAUCAUACGUUGUCUAAUGAUUUAUCAAAGUACGGAGAAUGUCGCAAUUUUGUAAUGUGCGAACCAUGUUCUUUUUCCGAUGAAGAAGUUUGUGCUGAAGCAUUCUGUGUAGAUUGUAUUGAACCUGAACCGAUGUGUCGAUCAUGUGCGCAGCAGCAUUUGAAACAGAAAAUGUCCCGUGGGCAUAAAGUAUGCAAUAACAUUAAACUGUUACCUCUUAUUGAGAGUGUAAGAAAAGAGACAAGAUGUAUUCCUUGCUUAUACGACAAAGUCGAUAAUUUUGCGACGUCGAUCUGCUUUACCUGCAUGGACCCUGAACCUAUGUGCAAAAAUUGUGGCAAAUCCCAUGAAAAACAACGGCAGACUAGGGGACAUGAGGUCUGUUUUGAAAUUUACAAAGCUCUGCCAAUUGAAAAGGAUUUGAGAUACAAAAUUCCUAAAACAUAUGAAAAACACUCCAAUAAAGAAGAAAUAAACGAUGAAUUGAGUUUAGAUCAAGAAUCAUCUAAAUUCCAAAAAGUUCUUUACUGCGAUCCAUGUAUGAAAAAUGACCAUCAAACUCCAGCCUCUGGGGUUUGUUAUUCCUGCAAUGCACAAACACCAUUCUGUGCCUCCUGCAUUGAGGACCAUUUACAAAUUAACUUGUUUAGAAAUCACAAAAUUGACUUCGACUUGACCAACGUUCACAGAAGAAUUCCAGAUACCAUGCUGAAUAGAUCUCAAGAUAUUACAGAGAAUGGAAAAUCAAAUAUGAAACUCUGCAAACCUUUCAUAGGAAAGGUUGCAUGGGAUUCGGUACAGCUGAGCUGGGAUGAAUAUGACGAAAAGGCAGAUUUUUAUAAAGUUCGCUACAAAAUACGAAAGCCAGCAGCACAUGAAACGACUGAAAAAUGGAGAUCUUUUCCACCCGAGAUACAGGACACUUGUGUCACUGUAAACGGAUUAAAGGCGAAAACGUAUUACAUUUUUCAAGUUCGCGUUGUUAAAGAUGACACAGAACUGCCUUAUAGUGACAGUACCGACCCUGUUGAAACUCGAGAGUCAUUAGCGAGUAGACUUCUAGAAUUUUCUGUUAUAGUGAAUGACUGCUUUCCCAAAAUAUUUCAACCCCCCUUUCAAGAGGAUUUGAAGACUAGAAACCCAAAAGCAAGGACAAAACAAAUACAAGUGGGAACGCCAAAACAUCAUAUUACAGAUGAGAAGACCAUAAUGUUAGUCGGGGCAACUGGAUCUGGAAAAAGUACGUUGGUAGAUGGAAUUGCGAAUUAUGCUUUUGGUGUCAAUUUUGAGGAUCCUUUUCGAUUUAGUCUAUUACAACUUGAGGAAGAAGAGAGAAAAACUGAAAACCAGGCUAUUUCACAGACAGAAUGGGUAACCGUGUAUAAGAUAGCAGCUCAGAACGAUGGCAGACUUGUAUAUAACUUAAACGUUAUAGAUACACCAGGUUUCGGAGAUACUAGAGGUAUUGAGAGGGAUCGCGAAAUUGUUACUCAGAUCCACAAUCUUUUCGCUGAGGAAAGCGUGCAAAACAUAUCAUUUUUGGACUGCGUUUGCUUCAUAGUGAAGGCCCCCGACGCCCGUCUUACUGCUUCACAGAAAUAUGUAUUUACAGCAAUUAUGUCCCUUUUCGGAAAAGAUAUACAGAACAAUAUCUGUACCCUUGUCACAUUUGCCGAUGGGGCAAAACCGCCCGUGUUAGCAUCAUUAAGAGAGUCGAACUUAACUUUUGGUCCUCAUUAUCUUUUUAACAACUCAGCUCUUUUCGAAAAAAAUAAUUUAUCCUCGGCUUCAUUGACUGGAAUGUUUUGGGAAAUGGGAUUCAAAAGUUUUGAAUCUUUUUUUGAAGAAUUAAAACGAUUUGAAACACGAAGUCUUUCGCAAACCAAAGAUGUUCUUGACAAGAGAGAACAACUUAAAACAAUCAUUGAAAAUUUAGAACCUCAGAUGAACGCGGGGCUUUCUACUCUGAGUGAAUUGAAAACUCAAUUAGACAUAUUCGAGAAACAUAAAUCAAAGAUUGAAAACAAUCAAAAUUUUACAUACGAAGUCAAUGAAACUGUGCAGGUUAAAACAAACUUACCCAGAGGAAGACAUGUAACAAAUUGCUUGCAAUGUAAUAUCACUUGCCAUGCAGAUUGUAGCGUUGCCGACGAUGAUAAAAAAAAGCGUUGCAGCGCAAUGGAUAAGAAAACUGGUCUCUGCAAAGUUUGUACAGGAAACUGCAUCUGGUCACAUCACAAAAACGCAAAAUACUUUUUCAAAUAUGAGACAAGAAUAGUAAAAAAAACGUAUCAUGAAAUGAAAGAAAAAUUUGAACGAGCCUCGAAAGAUAAGGUUACUCAUGAGGAAUACCUUGAAAAGCUCAAUGAAAAUAUUGAAGAUUUGUCUGAAAAUAUCACACUACAAGUGGAAAGAAUGCGUAUAUGCAAAGAGCAAUUAAAAGAAAUUGCACUAUGCCCUGAUCCGCUUACUUCUUUAGAACAUAUCAAUCUAUUGAUAGAAGCACAAAAAAUCGACAAAUUGCCUGGGUACCAAGAAAGAAUCAACAUGUUAUUAAACUUCCAGAAAACUGUUUUUCUCGAUUCUAGAGUAAAGACAUUUGAAACUUCCGUCAAUGAAACCCAAAUCGCUGUGAAAGAAAAGACUGGACGCGACUAUAGAAAGAGGAAUUCGAAAAGAAAUGUUGUGGAACGGUCCUGGCAAUGCGUAAAGAAAUUUUUCUGAUAAUUGGACGGAUGCAAUUUUAAAAAUAGAGACGAAUUGAAAAGAGUUUGUUACGUUGUUCCACAAAAAGAACUUGUAUGAUUGUAUUGUGUAUAAUUGUAUUGUGUAUAAUUGUAUUGAUGAUCUGAGUUCCAGUUAUGAAUAUAACCGGCAUCAUCUUCUUUACAUUGUGGUUAAAAUUAAUUUUGAACAUGAGUUUGAAUGCUGUUGCAGAUAGUUUUUGAAUGUCAAUAUCUAAUUUAAGUUAACACUGUUCAUAAUUAUAUGAGGUCUAAUGUAAUGCACUAUCAUAGCACAUAUAUUGUAAUUUCUGAGGGAAACUUUGUGUUAAACAUUCCAAACAUUCUUUAGAAUUAUGAAUGAUCUGAGAGUAUAAAUAGAGUUGUAGAAAGCUGAAAAUACUUAUGAGAAUAUCAAAGGGUUUGCAAAAAAGCGCAAGUACGAUUCGAUCUCAAGACAAAGUUUGAAUUGGAUGACAAUGGCUGAUAUCAACCAUCUGCCAUUGAUUCAUACUUAUGAUGCAUUCAGGUGUAUUUUGAAAGCUGUUUCAUUUCCUCUCCAUAUACAGGAAGACUGUUAGAGUAGAAAUCCAAACAUGCAGUACUAUUCUAAUAAAAGUACGAAAUGUAAUUAUGUUUGUUUGCCUUAGAAUCAUGCCCCGUUUGACAUACUUAUAGCAUCUCUUCAUUCAUAUUUCUUUUAGGCUCAGUAGACUAUAUAUGUACCUUGCUGCAUAAAAAUCACAAGUAAUUUGGAGUUUCAUGCGAUUCAAAGUUUCCCUCCAGAAAUAAGAAUUACAUGUGUUCACCACACUAACGGUGUUCCUAUUUCACAAACAAAAUACGCCCAUACAAACAACCGCGUUGCAAAACAAAACCAAUACUCUCGAAAAAAAUUAACUCAUUACCGUCUUCCUUGGAAGACGGCAUACAGAGUUGAAGUGUUUUACAGUCUUCGGACUUUGCACUUCCUCUCCUUUUUCAUUGGUAGAAAGUGCAUGAAGUGAAAAUUUUCAAUUAUUUCAUUGGUUGAAAUGCUCUUCAAGGCAAGGGAGAUAAUUUUCUGGUGUUCUAAUUUUCGUACGACUUAACAAUUUUUCAAGAUUUUCAAUCUUAAAAAAAUCGACAAAACGAACAAAUUUUAAAAAGAAAAAUGCAAUUCAUGAAAUUGACACAAAAUUGACACAUUACUUUUUUAAAAGCAACUAAUACAAUAUUCACUUGUCAUUUUAGUUUUAAUUUUGGACAAUUACAAUUAAAAUACUGACAUGUCAUAUUACGUUUUAUGUCAUAUUAUUAAAAUAUGUUGCAAGUAGACAUUUAAAAUAAUUUUGAUUAUCAGUGAUUACAAUGCAACCAUUUUUGUUUGUAUUAUCAGCGGCAUUUGAAAACUUUGCUAACGAAGGAGUAGGACAGUAACAUUUCAUAUGCUGAAGACAAAGUAGUCUGAGUGAUAAAUGUUGAAUUUCUUUGUAUGAUAGUGAUAAAGAUUUGUCUCAAGUACAGGUCACUACAGGAACAGUUACAUUUAGAUUAUGUUGUAAGAUUUUCAUGCACAAAUUAAAAAAAAAAAUUGCUGUCUAAUCUUAGACAAUUACAAUAUUCACUUGUCAUUUUAGUUUAUAUGUCAUAUUAUUAAAAUAAGUUGCAAGUAGACAUUUAGAAUAAUUUUAAUUGACAAUCAGUGAUUCCAAUGCAACCAUUUUUGUUUGUAUUAUCAGUGGCAUUUGAGAACUUUGUUAAUCUUAAGAAGGAAUAGGAUAGUAAAAUUUCAUUACAUAUUAUGUUGCUUAAAAUUACCCCUGCUGUAAGUUUAGACUGUCUGUAUCAGGUAAACUUAAAGUUUUUUGUUUUUUUUCAACACAUCUGUUCUAAAACUAUCCUAUUCCUUCAGAAUAUUUUUUUUUCUUACAAUUGCUCAAAUUUGAAUAACAAUUAUUAAUCUUUUCCAUCAAACUCUAUGUAUUUUAUGACAUAAUUUUUGGCAAAACUAUUACAAUAUUCUCAGGUCUUUAUCCUGGUUAAUUUCUAAAGCAGUUGUACUGUACAAUAUGCAAGAAAAAUUUUUAUGCAAAUUUGAGCAAUUUAAAUCUUUUUAGUUUGUUUUGUUUCAUAACUUUGUUAAAAAAUAAAUAUUUUGAUAUAGACA